GAGGGGGCUGAGGCUGAGACACAGACUGAGCAAAGGGACACAUGUAGGCAGAGAAACAGCAAAGGCUUUGGCAGGAGGACUCUCAGGGAACUUUACACUUUUUAACUCUCAUCUUGGUUAUCUUUCACCACUGGAGAUUUACAGAACCUUGAAAUGUCGCUCAUCCUGACCGCACUGGACAAGCUGGCUUACUUCCUGUCUCUGAUAGCCUUCUGUGUCAGUGUGUCUUACAGCUGGCUGAAAUGAAAUGAGAUUAUUCUUCUAUAUCUUAGAGCUCUGAUAAUGACCGGGUGUGUUUUCAUUGGAUUUUUAAGACGUUUUACUGAGGUUUGGGGUUAAAGUUAGAAUGGUAACCUGUGGACACCCGAAUUCUUUGAGUGUAACUGAAGACAGAGAGUUCAUUGCCAUAGAUCACGAUGCUGCAGCGGUGCAUCCUGAGGAUGUACCAUGUGCUUGCUCUGGUGCUGUGUGUGUCAGCCAGGGAGGACUUUGACUGGACCAAGAAUGAGAAAACAUCUUUCUACUACAGCACCUUCCCAACUGGUUUCUCCUGGGGAGCUGGCAGCUCCGCCUAUCAGACUGAAGGAGCAUGGAACAUAGAUGGCAAAGGAAUGAGCAUCUGGGAUGCAUUCACACGCAAAAAGGGGAAAAUAUUCCUGAAUGACACUGGAGACACAUCAUGUGAGGGCUACUACAAAUUCAAGGAUGAUAUCAACUUGAUGAAGGACAUGAAGCUGAAUCAUUAUCGUUUCUCCAUUUCCUGGCCAAGGAUUUUACCAAGCGGACUGAAAAGUGAACACAUCAACGAGAAAGGAAUCAAAUACUAUGAAGACCUGAUUAACAUGCUGCUAGACAAUAAGAUCACACCCAUUGUUACUUUGUACCACUGGGAUUUACCGCAGGUGUUACAGGAGAAGUAUGGCGGUUGGCAGAAUGUCACCAUGGUAAACUACUUCAACGACUUUGCUAACUUAUGCUUUGAAAGAUUUGGACACAAAGUGAAAUACUGGAUCACGUUCAACAAUCCCUGGUCUAUUGCUGUGGAGGGAUAUGAAACAGGGGAACAUGCACCCGGAAUGAAGCUGAAGGGAACCGGAGCUUACAAAGCUGCCCACCACAUCAUCAAGGCACAUGCUAAAGUUUGGCACACGUAUGACAUGCAAUGGCGAAGCAAACAAAAAGGCCUGGUUGGUAUCUCGCUAACGGCUGACUGGGGGGAACCAGUGGACAUCACCAAUCAGAAGGACAUUGAAGCAGCAGAGAGAUACAUCCAGUUCUACCUGGGAUGGUUCGCUACUCCCAUCUUCAAUGGAGACUACCCCCAGGUUAUGAAAGAUUACAUUGGCAGGAAGAGUGGCCAGCAGGGCCUGGGAGCUUCACGGCUGCCCGUUUUCUCGCCUCAGGAGAAGAGUUACAUCAAGGGAACCUGCGACUUCCUGGGCCUCGGCCAUUUCACAACUCGCUACGUAACCCUGAAGAACUACCCAUCAGGCCUGGGAGACAGCUACUUUGCAGAUCGUGACCUUGCUGAGCUGGUUGACCCUAAAUGGCCAGAUCCAGGCUCUGAGUGGCUCUAUUCUGUUCCCUGGGGCUUCCGGCGCUUGUUAAACUUUGUCAAGACUCAGUAUGGAAACCCCAUGGUAUACGUGACAGAAAACGGUGUCUCGGAAAAGAUGAUCUGCACCGACCUCUGUGAUGACUGGAGAAUGCAGUACUUUAAAGACUACAUCAAUGAAAUGCUCAAAGCGGUCAAGGAUGGCGUGAACGUGAAAGGCUACACAGCCUGGUCUCUCGUCGACAACUUCGAGUGGGAUGAAGGAUUCUCCGAGAGAUUCGGACUCUACUACGUGGACUUCAGGAACAAAAAUAAACCACGCUACCCCAAGGCCUCUGUCCAGUUCUAUAAACGCAUCAUCAGCUCCAAUGGCUUUCCCAAUCAGAGAGAGGUGGAGAGUUGGAAGAGGAAAGCUGUAGAGACGUGUGCCUCCAGUAACCAGCUCCUGGCUGCAGCUAGAAGAAAGUCCCAGGGAAAUCAGGAAAAGGCUUGGCCAGUGCAUGAUGAAGUUUAGACCCGUUGAUAGGCCACAUGGAGAUGGUAUCAGAAAUUGUGAUUCCCACCGUGUGCACACUCUGCAUCCUCCUCAGUGCAGUGUUCCUCAUGUUCCUCCUGCGUGGUCGCAUCUGAAAGAACACACACACAGACCCCCCCCCCCCCCCCCCCCACACACACACACACACACACACACACAUCUGAGAGUGCCUUCAAAGCAACUUUAUCCUGUCGAGAGCAUUGUGUUGAUUUAACUGUCCUGCUUUUGAAUUUUUCCGGGUUGUCACUAUUGAGUUUAAAUAGCUGGUACCUGUCACAACUCCGGAAAAAUAGAUUCAAGUUUGGUAUAUUAGUACUAUUUUACAUUUUUUUAACAAACUGGUCUUGUGUGGUUUUUGAUGCUACUCCAGCUAACUGAAAAUAAUAAGAUGGUUUACUGCCAACAAAUGUUUCAAAAAGAAAAAAAGUGAUAGAGAUACAGUAUUGUACUGUGUUGAUCAUACAAUAAAUACAUGUUU